AUGGGGCAGCGCCUGAGCGGCGGCCGAUCCUGCCUCGAUGUCCCCGGCCGGCUCCUGCCGCAGCCGCCGCCGUCCCCGCCGCCGGUGAGGAGGAAGCUCGCGCUGCUCUUCGCCAUGCUCUGCGUCUGGCUCUACAUGUUCCUGUACUCGUGCGCCGGCUCGUGCGCCGCGGCGCCGGGGCUGCUGCUGCUGGGCUCGGGGUCCCGCGCCGCCCACGCCCCGCCGGCCCUGGCUGCGGGGCCCGACGGGACUGCCCCCAGGCUGCCGUUCCCGGCGGCGCCGGCCACCCCGCCGGCCGCGGGCCAGGAGCCGGCCGAGGGCGCCGCGAGCCAGGAGGAGCCGAGUCCCGAGGCGCCGGACCCCCCCAGCUCCAUCUCCAGCUUCUUCAGUGGGUCCGGGAGCAAGCAGCUGCCGCAGGCCAUUAUCAUCGGCGUGAAGAAGGGCGGCACGCGGGCGCUGCUCGAGUUCCUGCGCGUGCACCCCGACGUGCGCGCCGUGGGCGCCGAGCCCCACUUCUUCGACCGCAGCUACGACAAGGGCCUCGCCUGGUACCGGGACCUGAUGCCGAGGACCCUGGACGGGCAGAUCACCAUGGAGAAGACGCCCAGUUACUUUGUCACCCGCGAGGCGCCCGCGCGCAUCUCGGCCAUGUCCAAGGACACCAAGCUCAUCGUGGUGGUGCGGGACCCGGUGACCAGGGCCAUCUCGGACUACACGCAGACGCUGUCCAAGCGGCCCGACAUCCCCACCUUCGAGAGCCUGACGUUCAAGAACCGCUCGACGGGCCUCAUCGACACGUCGUGGAGCGCCAUCCAGAUCGGCAUCUACGCCAAGCACCUGGAGCACUGGCUGCGCCACUUUCCGCUCGGCCAGAUGCUCUUCGUGAGCGGGGAGCGGCUCAUCAGCGACCCGGCCGGCGAGCUGGGCCGCGUGCAGGACUUCCUGGGCCUCAAGAGGAUCAUCACCGACAAGCACUUCUACUUCAACAAGACCAAGGGCUUCCCGUGCCUCAAGAAGGCCGAGGGCAGCAGCAAGCCCCACUGCCUGGGCAAGACCAAGGGCAGGACCCACCCCGACAUCGACCGCGACGUGGUGCGCAGGCUGCGCGACUUCUACAGGCCCUUCAACUUGAAGUUCUACCAGAUGACCGGCCAGGACUUCGGCUGGGACUGAUGGCCCCCGCGGCCCUGGGACCUCCCAACCUGGCUUACAUAUCCAGAGAGAUUAUAUGUAUGUAAAAUGUACAGAAAUCUAUUUUAUAAUAAUUUAUUUUUAAUUCAUAAGCAAUUAAUUCACUAAGCUGCCUAGCCACACUCUGUAGAGAGUUAGCCUCAUGCUCUGUGAACAUUCCAAAGUGUUUGCAUCUUUUCUUUCCCUCACGAUGGAUGGUGCUUCCAUUUCUUUUUGUGUUUUGUUUUGGAGUUUGUUUUUUGUUUUUUGUUUUUGGGGUUUUUUUGCCCCUCCCCCGUUCUAUUUAAAAAAAGAAGAAAAGCACAACUUGAGAUUUUGGUUGUUACGGGUAUGCAGCCUUCGAUCGCUGUCUGAAUUCACUUGCCAUCUCCUCGGGUCUUGGGUCUUGGGUCUUGGGUCUUGUGCCCAGCUUCUUUCCCUCAUUGGAACACCCAACUGCCCCCAGCAAUGUGGCUCUCUGAAGGGUCCUGUGGCACAUCGCAGCCUCCUGCCUGGGUGUCGACAUGUCCAAAGAUGUAGACGCCAGGCCCCAGGGCUAGGCAAUCCCCCCGCCCUCCCCGCGCCCCCCUGAUUGUGCCCAGCUCACAGGGGCAGGGAAGUCACUACCUUUGCAAGGAUACGCGCUUCCUAUCUGGAGUCGGCAUCCCAGGGACCAUGGACUGCAGUUUUUAAUUUCAAAAGAUGGCCUCUGCAUCUUCUGCCCCAGUCCCUAGUUCAUUAAGCAGCUUGAAGUGUAUGCAGGUGUUCUUGCCCCGUCUUGCCCAGGUCACAUGUGUGAGACACUUGGGUGCUGCUUUAGACCUAAAGACGACCUCUCAUUUGCACGAGUGCACCACGCUCGGUUCUCCAGGCAGACAGUUCUGCUUCGACACACCAAAGAAUCCCCUAGGCUAGCAGAAGCACCGGCACAAACCCACGGGGGCCAGGGGUCAGGACCCACAGGUGUCAGGUGCAUCCCACACCAUCAGAGUCCCCCACUUAAGGUGCUGCUGGGUGCCGAGCCAGCCCACGUGGGGCACAUCCCAGUAGAGUGAGCACCUCAUUGGGCAGAAAAGACAAAGAGUACCAGAAAGACAGGCAGUCCGUCAGAAGAAGAGAGUCCCUGGCUCGUUGCUUGAUGUCUGGAGCUCUCCUCGAAAUUCCUGGCUCCUCGCCGAUGGGCAGCACAGUCUGUAGCCAAUAGCCAGACAGCAAGAACCAAGUGUGGCUCUGGCACAGACAGGCUGGGAAAAGAAAGCUGGCCCAUGUUACCUGAAGGCGGCCGAGCUGACCCUUGUGAAGAUGUUUGAGCUAGAUCCCCAGCAGGAAGGCUGCCAGCGUAGCCACUGUGGAUGCAGAUUGCUCUCCCCACCCCUCCCAGUUGAGAGAGCCCUUGGAGAUUAUUUUUGAUGACUGGCCUGUGGCCGUCGGGGAACCAUAUAGCAAGAUGACACAAUGAACAUCCUCACUCUAUCCCGUUUUCUUAAACCAGAAUGCUUCUCCCCUAAAAGAGUUUUCAUUCGAGUUGCUAGUUUGAGCAAGGCAUGUGUGAGGAGAUACACACAUCAUCCAGAUGGUUGGGGUGUGCUAUUUGCAAAGACCCUUUUGCACAUUGGAUGGGGAUAACUUGCCCGACAGAGCAAGAGAACACGCAUGAAAAGAGAGAGAAAAUCCUUCAUCUCUCCAAACUGAGGUCACUGGUCUGUGAGUGAUGUCCUGUUGGUAAUCUGGUUUGCAUCUGCCCACACGUGUGUCAGCCCAGACGAUGACUAGCGCACACCAAGCAGCAAAACGAUCAUCGAGGAUGGGCACGGGGCGCUCUGUGCAUUCAUUCCUGAGAUACUCCGUUCAUUUCAGAGCUGAAGUCCCAGCCUCUCCCAAGUGGUGCUCAAGCGCCCACCGAACCCUGCUCCGCCCGCCUUCUGGCCACUUCGGUGCCCCGGCACGGCUCAUGCUGUAGGAUUGCAGAAAUUCAGAGGAGGGUGUGCGACAAAGCAGUAGGAAGGCUUGCACACGUUUUUCCUUCCCCUCUGGGUCCCCGUCUUCUUUCCAAGCGGGACAGUUUUGAUUAAGUUGUUUAUCCCCUGCCUUGCAAGGGAAACAGGAAGUCUUCCGAUAGAAGAAGGGUCACUGAGUCAUGAACACUGAAGUGAGUCAAGAUUCUAUUCUGGGUCAAAUCCUUGAAUCCAAGCAGAUGUUGGUCAUUAGCAAGGACGGACCAGUGCACGUUUUUCUGUAGAAGACAAAUAAAUGAAAGCUGCCGUGCAUCUCUUCGUAGGGGCCUGAUAGCUUACAGUUCCUGACCCUUCCAGACGCGACAUCUGCCCGGCGGAUACACCCCAUCAUAUGAUAGUUAUUAUAGGAGCCCGAGCACACACAUGUUCCUCCUGCCGAAGGUAAGCGACGGGUACAAUUCAGCCUUGAGUUCCUGUUCUAGCAAUCUCCAAGGCCACCAGCUUGAGUCCUUAGCUGCUAGAAGACAAACACCCAGUUCACGUUUUGGCACUUUGUCCCAGGGCACGCGUGGGUUUCUUUUUUUCCCAAUUUACAGGAAAAGCUCUGAUAAUACUCUGGGGAGGGGGGUGGUUCUUGAUUCCUCUCCAUUUUCAUUUGCUCGUUAAAAAACAAAAAGAUUAGCAAACAAAAAUUGGAGGUUUUCAUGGUCCUGGUGUUUGUGCUGUAGUCUGGUAACCUGACGGGUGGUCCCUGGAAAGCUAUUUUAGGUAUAGUGAUGGAAUAAUAAAUACUUAAUUUGGAUGAUGGAGGAAGGGACAUGGUCUCUUUCGUGGGAUUUUUCUUUGGAAGUCAUUUUGAGUGACGGAUAUAUACUAUUGGAUCUUUGGAGAAAUCAUUUCAGACCUUUGGAGAAAUAUUUCAGGCCAGGAUAUUUAUAAGAAAGGAAAAUGGAAGGUUCCAGUAGACUAGAAAUACUUUUAGCGUGUAUCUCAAAUGCUGACACAGACAUCUGUGUCAUUUACGCUGACACAGACAUCCGUGUCAUUUUUCUUUUCCAGUUUCUCAAGAAGGAAGGUCAAUGAAACCGAAAAGGUGUGGUUAGAAUUCUUUUUUUCACUUUCGUAACAUUAAUUUAUGACUGCGUUCGUUCAGCCCAGUAAUCUGAGAAAUACUGUGCAAAUUCUAGCAAGUGUGUCUUCUAUAACCUGGAUGUUAGAAUAGCCAAUAUGUACAAAAAGAUUAAAUCAAGUAUUUUGUCCUAUGUAUAACACAAAUUACUUUUACACAGAGAAAGAUGUUUCUAGGAAAAAGAAAUUCUGGUAAUUCAUACUAUUUCUUUGUAUGAACAAAUAAAAUUUAUUUUACCAACUUG